GACACCUGUAUAAAUACUUUACUAAAAAGCAGAAUUGCCAUUAAAAGCAAUCAAAACAUCAAACAAACACAUUUAAAACAUAGUUAAAGCAACUUUAAGUUAAUUUAUUCUUAUACAAAGGUCAAUUUAUUCAAAAAGAUAUAUUCAUUUAAUUUACAACGAAUUAAACAAACUUGCAUUUAAAUUAGGAUGAUAGAAUACAAACAUAACCUCAAAGCUCAAAGUCCCUUUAAUUUUCAACUAUCUUACAAAUAACUUUUCGAUUUUAUCUUUUAAUUCAAUACAUAAACAGUAUUAAAACUGUAUUAUACUUAAAAUCCAAAGAAAUGCGUAUAUCCAAGUUAAAACUGUAUAUAUUCCUCUCAAUAAUCGCAAUUUGUAUCCUGUAUAUAUCCGGAUUUUUUAUACAUCUUCGUACGACUAGUUUUAGACACUUUUCGUAUCCACUUGAUGAGGAUAUUUAUCAGUAUGUAGAAGAGAUGAAGAACCAUUUAACGCCUUCACAUGUACCUAUUAAUCAAAUGAACUACUAUUUUAUAAAAAACCCACACGAAAAAUGUCAAGAAAACACCACACUUCGAUUGGUGUAUGUGAUAAAAUCAGCAAUUGAUCAUUUUGGGAGAAGAGAGGCUAUCAGGAAGACUUGGGGCUAUGAACAUCGAUUUUCUGAUGUUGAAAUACGAACGUUUUUUAUGUUAGGAAUGCGAAAUGAUCUAGAUUUACAACAUAAAGUGUCUGUGGAAAGUGAAAAAUAUAAAGAUGUGAUUCAAGGAAGUUUCAUUGAUGAAUAUUUUACAAAUACUAUAAAAACUAUAAUGAGUUAUAGGUUUUUAGUUGAUCAUUGUCCUUAUUCUAAGUUUUAUAUGUUUGUUGAUGAUGAUUAUUAUGUUUCAACUAAAAAUGUAUUGAGAUAUUUAAGAAAUCCGUCCAAAUAUCCUGAUUAUUUAACAAAUUCAGCCAUGGAAAAUAUACAAUCAAUUGAACCGAGUCGAUUUUAUGCUGGAUACGCUGUAGAUGCUUAUCCAAUGAGAAAUUUAAUAAGCAAAUUUUCUAUGCCUUUAGAGGAAUAUCCUUAUAAUAAAUACCCUCUGUAUGCAACAGCUGGAGCUUACAUGUUAUCUUUAAAUACUUUAAUUGAUAUGUAUUAUGCUAGUCAUUUUGUGAAAUUUUUUCGUUUUGAUGAUGUAUAUUUAGGUAUUAUAGCACAUAAAUUAGGGAUAAUUCCGCACCAUACACCAUAUGUUACUUUAUUUUAUGAGGAAUAUUCACCUGAACAUUAUCAAUUUAUGAUUGCUGUGCAUGGAUAUGAUGAUUCAAACAAAAUGGAACAAAUUUGGAAUGAACAAAAAGAACUAGGAAAUGCAUAAUUUGAAAUAAAAGGCUUUUUUAUAUAAAAUUAAA